GGUCAGAGGCCGCCUGCCGUCGCCAUGGCAUGCAGUUUGCAGAAGCUGUUUACUGUGGAAGAGGAGUUUGAAGAUGAGGACUUCUUGUCUGCCGUGGAGGAUGCAGAGAAUCGGCUUGCUGGCUCGCGGCCUAUGAAGGCUGGGUGCCUGAGACCCUCCUCUUCCAGCCCACGGGACUCUGGGCAGGCACAGUCUCCCGGGCAGCUGCCAUCCGGCCCCGCUGCUCCUUCAGAGGCUUUGGGCCCAUCAGCCCUGGGACUCCGCCUUUCUAACUCCAGCAUGCCCGCGGCCAUCAGGGGUCCACCUUCUGUAGGAACAGCCUCCCUAAGACCUAUCCCGACUUCUAGCAGCUGGACUGGCCAUCAGAGACGAGUGGCACUGGCGGAAGUGCUCAAAGUGCCACCCAGACGCCAAACCUCUGCCUCCCACCCCCUGCUCGGGUUUGAGAGCCAGCAGCCGGUAACUGGGGGCUUCGAGGGGCCUGAACAAGAUGAAUUUGAUAAGGUCCUCGCAAGCAUGGACCUGGACCUUGGAGGCAGCAGUGAGGCCCCAGGAAUCUUGGCCACCUGGCAUCAGGAGGACUCAGCGGUGGCUAAAAAGGCCCGGGUCACUGAGCUGAGUGGGUCUUGCCUGAAGGGGCCCGUGCCUGCCCCCAACAUGACUAGUGUCCUGUCAGCCCAUGGUGAGCCUCCAGAGCCUGUUGUCCACUGCAGGACUCCAGAGCCCCAUGCGAGAUCGGCUGCCACCAAUGACCUUCCCAUUCCUGUUCAGCAGCCCCGCUGGGAAGCCUGUCGGGGGGGCCCCCUUCUUCAGGCACCACAGCCUCCCCAAGCAGCUGGCAGGCCUGUUCAGAGCUGCCCUCAAAACCGUUUCCCUGGUCACUCAUUCCAGUGUCCAGACGCCUCCAUACCUGGCAAAUCUCAUUUUCCCGGACCACGGACUCCCAACUCCAUGUGCUCUACUCCCUCAAGGACUAUCUCCGGAUCGUUUCCUCAGAGCCCCUUAAGACCCAGAGCACCAGUGUCUUCUGUCAGGUGUCCUCUCAGCACCCCAAAGAGCACCCAUUCCUCCCCGGUUCCCCAGACAGCUCUGCAGACGCCCAUCGUCACCAACCACUUGGUGCGGCUGGUCACUGCCGCCCACCGGACACCCCAGCAGCCCGCCAGCCCCAAAACACGGCGCUUCCCUGGCCCAGCCGGGGUCCUGCCUCACCAGCUCAGCGGAAAGCAUCUGGAGGAGAUCAUGGUUUCUACGCCCCAGACUCCGACUCAUGGUGCUCUGGCUAAAUUCCGGACAGAGAUUGUUACCAGUUCCCAGGCAUCAGCAGAGGAGGACUUUGGGCGAGGGCCGUGGCUGGCCAUGAAAUCUGCUCUGGGCCUAGACGAGAGAGACCCCACCUGCUUCCUCUGUGCCUAUAGCAUUGUCAUGGUGCUGCGGAAGGCAGCCCUAAAGCAGCUCCCUAGGAACAAGGUCCCCCACAUGGCCGUGAUGAUCAAGUCCCUGAGGCGGAGCGUGAUGGACGCCAGUGUGGUUUUCAAGGACCCCACAGGAGAGAUGCGGGGCACAGUGCACAGGCUGCUGCUCGAGACCCGCCAGAGUGAGCUGAAACCUGGCUCGGUGCUGCUGCUAAAGCAGGUUGGAGUGUUCUCUCCUUCGCUCCGGAAUCACUACCUCAACGUGACACCCAACAACCUGGUCCGUGUUUACAGCCCAGAGUUCGGGGAUGGGAGCUUCCUCAAGCCGUCUCAGCCCUUCCCCAAGAACCUGGGAAGCUUCCCUGGCAGCCCCCAUCAUGAGACUGCAAAGUCUGGAAAAGGCUUCAGAACAGCACUGAACGCAGAGGCAGGGGCAUACCCCGAGGAAGAGCUCCCAGAAGCAGAUGACCUGGAUGGACUCCUCAGUGAGCUCCCUGAGGACUUCUUCUGUGGGACCAGCAGUUGGGACUGCCCCAAGGCAGCGCCCCCGCCAUGAGCAGGCAGCCUCUCGGCACCCAGGCGAGCCUCUGCUUGUGUCUGAUUGGGUCCCAGGGAGAGAGCAAGCCCAGCCUGAUGGGACAGCCAACAAAGCUCAGGACUGUGGUUGCCCCCAUCCUGGACGCCUUCCCAGGAACACCCUCGUCCCUCAGAUUCUGCACUGCUGUCACAUUGGGUCUUCCUUUGGCAUUCUAGAACCC